AAACAAAACAUAACUGAAAACAAAACCGAAAACAAUUUAUUUAAUAAAUUUCGAAGCAUAAAUAACGGUGAGCGUAUAAAAUAAAAAAUAAAUUAAAUUAAAUAAAUAUAUCGCGCACGCAAAGCUGACACGCCUCAAGGAUAAAGUCAAAAAAAAAAACAACCGCAAACUAAGAAGAGGAAGCCGCACCACACCAACUGAAGACACCGCAGCGGAGGCAACCACAAAUUCACACAAGGUCAACGGAAUUAAUAUUUUUUAAAUGGAAAUCAUUCCUGAAGGUAAACACUUUCGUUUGGUGCAUGAAUCAGAGCUUCCAGAAAUUUUGGUAACUUUAGAACGCUAUUUGCCGGAAUCAUUAAAGUUUCAUCAAACCAUAAAAACGUACCUGAAUGAUCGUAUUUGGGAUUUCAAGUUUUAUGUUGCUAAAGAUUGGCCCGACAAACCGAUAAUUCUCCAUUUUCCAGGAUGCACGCUUGCGCCGCACAACAAUAUAUACCAAACGCUUGGCAUAUUUUGUCCAUCCGCACACAUCGAGCAUGUCGAUAUGAUGCGCACCGAAGAUGUACUUAUAGAUUGGCAGAAGCCUAUGUACCUGAACUUUACGCACAUCGCCAUUAUGAAUCGCCUGGAUGACUUCUACUCCAAAUUCGGUGUGAUGGAACGACUCAGUGGUGAUAUCUACGUGUGCAACAAGUUGAACGCCGAUCUGGAGCUGGAGCCGCUGCCGGAGGAUGCGGAGAUGCGACUGCUGACACUGGACAAUGUCCAUGGCAUCCACGAUCUAUAUCCUGCCAAUGAAAUCGAGUGCGUCCAGCUGUUCGAUAUCCUUGUCCGGAAGCUGCCCGGCCUGGGCAUCUUUCGCAAGGACACUGGCGAGCUAGCAGCCUGGAUGGUUCACUCCUACUACGGCGCCAUGUUCUCAAUGCAAACACGUCCAGACUUUAGGCGAAUGGGCUAUGGCAUCCGGCUGGCCAAGUCACUCACCCAGCUAGUGAUCGAGCGCGGCUAUACGCCCUUCGUUGUGAUACGUCCAGGAAACGAUGCGUCCCGUAAUCUGUAUACUAAGCUGGGCUACGAGAAGGCCUUUGAGACGUGCCGGGUCCGGAUGACGCCGGACUGUUACGAGGACAGCACAGUGGGCACAAUUGGGAACACAGCCUACGGCAAAUUUCCGCCGCUGCCGCAGGGCGAGUGCGUGGUGGUGACCAAGCUGGUGCGCAAGCAUGUGCCCGGCGAGAGCCAGACGGUGGACGAGGGUAUCGAGGAUAUGUUGGCUGAAAAAUGUGAUAUCAGCGGCGAUGAGGCGAGGGAGCGCAAGACCACAACCGACGAGGGCAUCGGGGAGGAUAAGUAGGCCAGGAUGCACCACAAGGAGAUGGAGAUGGAGGGUGGAUAGAGAUCGAUCGGAACGCUACGCCUACGCUAAACUUAUGCUUAAAGCUGUAAGCACCCCUUAGGACUCUUUAGGACAGAAAGGACGGAAGAAAGAAUGGAAGGCAAGACAAGGCACACAACAAGUGGCGUUGAUUUUUUAAACAAAAUUAUAUUAACGAGAAAACAAACAAACAAACAAAAAAAACCAAGGAGAAACUGUACGAGUAUAUUUAUAGAUGGUAUAUGAAGCUUCCUCACUCAGAACGCGACGGCGUCGAUCCGUGACACGUGAAUUUCGGCCGGAAUCAAGGGAUUUAUUUUAUAUGGGUAUUUGAUUAUAUAUAUAUAUGUAGGAUUCGAUGUCAAGCACUAAACAAUAACAGGGGGGAAUGAUUAUUAAGUCGAUCAUGAAGGCGCUGAAGUUUGAAAAUUUUAAAUGAAAAAAUGGUAACCCGGAACAAAUACAGAGAGAACCGAAUACAGAGAGAAAUUUUAAUUUUUUGCUAAGAAUGCUUUUACAAAAAAACUGAACAAGAAACACAAACCAACAGCAGACCCAAGGAGCGCAUCAAUUUAUUAAAGAAAAAAGUAAAAAUACAAAAAAAAAA